AUGAAAGAUUUAGGCCAGCUAAGAUACUUUCUUGGAAUGGAAGUGGCAAAGUCAAAGAAAGGCAUUGUUGUCUCACAACUGAAAUAUAUUCUAGAUCUCUUGAAAGAAACUGGAAUGAGUGGUUGUAAACCUUCUGACACUCUAAUUGAAGCUAAUUCUAGACUUGGGGAGGUAAAGAAUAGUGUUUCAGUAGACACAGGAAGAUAUCAGAGUUUUCCUUCUUAUUGCAUGCAAACUAGACGAAUAGGUUCAAGAGAUUUAAUCUCUAUUGAUCUUGAGAUCGAGGCUACUGUACGUAAGCAAGGAAGUAAAAGGAGAAGCAAUAAGAACAAGCAACAGGAAACAAUGGUUGAACCACCGGCUACUAAACCUCUUUGGAAGUAUGGUGUACCGGAUGCAACUACCGCUACGAUGUCUAGCAUUUUUAGACCUGCAGUUACUAGAAGUGUGACACUUUUAAGCUUAAUAAUGUCAGUGAUGAUGCAAUUAGACUUCGCCUUUUUCCUUUUUUCUCUGAGGGAUAGGGCAAAGGAGUGGCUAAAAGAUGAAGGCAUUGGUACUUUUGAUUCAUGGGACAAGCUAGUAAAGGCAUUUUUGGCCAAGUUCUUAGGUCAAAAGAAAACUACAAGACUAAGGACUGAGUUGAGCACUCUUCGUCAACUAGAUGAUGAGUCGUUAUAUGAGUAUUGGAGAAGGUUCAAGCGUCUGCAGAGAAAGUGCCCUUAUAAUGGAAUUCAAGAGUGGUUAUUGAUUCAGACCUUAUACAAUUGGUUGACAUAUGAGUACAUGAUUUACAUUGACGCUGUGUUGGAUAGUAAUUUUAUUGAAAAGGUCCCUACUAAGGCUAAGGCAUUGCUUGAGAAAAUGGCUGCUAAUGAUAACUUUCAGUCAGGUGGGAGAAACAGUGCAAAGAAAGGGGGUAAACAUGAUGUUGAUGCAAUGACUCUCUUGACUAGUAAUGUGCAGGCUUUGUCACUUAAGGUUGAUCAACUUCGAGCAGGGCCAUCUGUGGUAGCAUCUUGUAAGACAUGUGGAGUACAGGAACAUAUUGCAAGUGAGUGUCAAUAUGCUGAGAUAUUAAUGGAGCAAGCUAACGCUCUCUAUAACAACAACCAGCAAAGGAGACCCUAUGAUACCUACUCCAACACUUAUAAUGAAGGUUGGAAACAAAACUCAGCGUUCUCUUACAAGAACACUCAAAAUCAGUUGAACCCACCACUACCUCGCAACAACUUCAAUCAUCCUCCAGAUUCAAGCUCAAACCAAGCUCAUGGAGAAUCAGAUGAGCCAACUUGCUCAACAAGUGGGUCAAUCUUCAAAGGUUCCGGUCAUUUUCCUUGUAACACCGAGCAACCACCUAAGGGUCAAAUUAAUGUUGUAACUUUGAGGAAUGGUAGAGAGCUAGAAGACCUUCCACGGAAAGUAGUUCAAAAGAAAACAGUUGCAGUAGAGGAAGUGAUGGUUAAAGAUGAGAAGAUGAUAGAAAAAGAGAAAAUUGAAGAGAAAAAGAAGCCCAAUGUCAUUGAACCUUACAAGCCACUUGUACCUUUCCCACAACGAUUGGCACAAGCAAAGCUAGAAAAGAAGUAUGGGAAAUUCCUAGACAUUCUAAAGAAGUUGCCGAUCAACAUCCCAUUCUUGGAUGCAAUCUCAGAGAUGCCCUCCUAUGCUAAAUUCCUGAAGGACAUGCUCUCUAACAAGAGGAAAAUUGAAGAGAAUGCAACGGUCUCACUUACAGCUGAAUGCAGUGCUAUAUUGCAGAAUAAGCUUCAAAAGAAGCUAGGAGAUCCAGGGAGCUAUUCCAUUCCAGUCAAGCUAGGUGACAUCGAAAUAAAGAAGGCUUUAUAUGAUCUAGGGGCAAGUGUCAGUCUUAUGCCACUAUCAAUUUGUAAGAAACUUCAGAUGGGUGAAUUAAAACCCACGCGCAUCUCCCUACAAUUGGCAAACAGAUCGGUGAGAUUUCCUUUCGGUAUUCUUGAGGAUGUGCCACUUAUAGUUGGGAAAUUCUUUAUCCUUUGUGAUUUUAUGGUUAUGGAGAUGGAAGAAGAUGAGCAAGUCCUUAUCAUUCCAGGGAGACCCCUCUUGGCCACUGCUUGA